AUGAACGGUCCACGUAGAGUAAUACUGGUCCUUCUUUCGUGGUGUUCAGUUCUCCAGCUGCUGACAGCACACGCAGCUCAGAGCCAACUGACAGAGACAGACAGUAGACUACAGAGGAGGGCUAAUGCACUGCGGAGGAAACGGGAUCUCCUAGGGGAGGAGACAUUCAGUCCACUUCUCUCUGAAGCAACUCUCCCUCGCAGUGUUCUACACAAUUACACCGCCCGCGAUGCCUCAUCAGAGUACUGUGGCUGUCUGAAUGGGGGCUGGUGUCAGGAGGGAGGUGUGUGUGACUGUGCACAGUUCCAGGCCCUCGGAGACCGCUGCCAGAUCAUUCCUAACCAGGGCCAAGACAGAGAUGGGAUCUGCAGGUCUUGGGGUCAGCACCACUAUGAGACGUUCGAUGGCAGCUACUUCUACUACCCUGGAACCUGCUCCUACAUACUGGCCCAGGACUGCCGCUCAGCCACACCACAGUACACAGUGUGGGUCCAUAACAGCCGUGUGUGUGAGGGCAGUGUGUACUCCUGUCCCAGGGCUCUCAGUCUCUUCUUCCCCAACGAGGAGGAGAUCCACAUCUCUGGAUACCAAGUCCACCAGGGGGGUCGCAGGCUGAGCCUGCCCCAAACAAUAGGAGGUGUGUUUAUAGAGCGUCUGGCUGACUACCUUCUGGUGAAGAGUGUGUUUGGCUUCUCUCUGGCGUGGGACGGAGAGAGCGGAGUAUAUCUGAAGAUGUCUGAACAGCACCACGGCACCCCCUGUGGCCUCUGUGGGAACUAUAACAACCUGCCCAACGAUGACCUCACCACUGCCCGCGGUGUGCAGACAGAGGAGCCAGCAGUGUUUGCUAACAGCUGGUCAGUAGAUCUGCCCCAUGAGAGAGGUUGUCCUCUGGUGGACAUAGACUUCACUGGACCCUGCCACUCUGAGUCUGAAAUGGACGAUGCCAUAGAGAAGUGCAGUGCUCUCCUGUUCUUCCCCUUCCUGUCCUGUCAUGAUAACAUUGAUCCAAACCCCUAUGUGGCCAGCUGUGUCGCUGACCUCUGUGUGUCUGAUGAUGAGGAGACAUUUUGUCGUGCGUUGGUGGAGUACACACGAGCCUGCAGCCAUGUAGGAUACCCUGUACGAGAGUGGCGAGACAGCUUCCCUUCCUGCAAUGAUGGUUGUGAGGAGAGUUUUGUCCAUAGAGACUGUAUUAGCUGCUGCCCUCCCACCUGUACCUUUGACAAGGAAUGUCUGGGAACCAACUUGCACUGUCUGGACGGAUGCUACUGCCCUGAUGGGUUGAUUCUACAGAAUGGGACGUGUAUAGCAGUGUCUCAGUGUCCUUGUGUCUAUCACGGCACCUCAUACACACAGGGACACACUCUGGAGCAGGGCUGCAGCGUCUGUGUGUGUAUGGGGGGAGUGUGGAACUGCACAGAGAACAACUGUACAGCGGAGUGUUCAGUAGUCGGUGAUGUGUUUGUGACGUCGUUCGAUGGGAGGAUGUUCCUGCAGCCGGGGGCGUGUCAGUACGUCUUGGUUAAGAGCCGGAUUGGCAACAGAUUCACUGUUACCGUUCAGUAUACCACCUGCACAGAGGCCCAGCAGCAGGCGUGUAUCCAGUCGGUGACGGUGGUACUGGAUGAAAAUGUUAGCCACCAGGUGACUCUGACCCGAGAGGGGGAGGUGCUUAUAGGGGUCAACCCCGCUCCCACCUUGCCCUACACCAAUGAUGUAGUGGAGGUGCAGAGGCUAACAUCGGUGUUCGUCCAGCUGAGGACCUUGCUUGGACUGCGUCUGCAGUAUGACGGCCGUGGUGGGCGCGUCUACCUACAACUGGACAGCCAAUGGCGUGGGAACACGCUAGGCCUUUGUGGAACCUUCAACGGAAAUCUUCGGGACGACUUCCUUUCCCCAGCAGGGAUGAUAGAGGGGACUCCCCAGCUCCAUGCUAACUCCUGGAGGGUCUCAUCUGCUUGCUCCGCCCCCAUCAACCAGCCAAUCAUCGACCCCUGUGAGAUGAACCAGCACAACGUGUUCUAUGCCUCUCUGUGUGAGGUUUUGUUGGGGAGUGUGUUUUCUCCCUGCCAUGGUUACGUCAGUCCCAGUGUGUACCAGCAACAGUGUCGCUACCAGGCAUGUCGCUGUGGAAACACCUGUCUGUGUACGGCCCUGGCCCACUACACUUACCUCUGCUCCAAACACCAUGUUGCAGUCAACUACAGGGCCCACGUCUCAGAGUGUGGGGUGGUGUGUAUGGGUGGGAUGCUGUUCCAUUCCUGUGUGUCGUCCUGUGGCCGCUCGUGCCGCUCCCUUUCCAGUGGAGAGACCUGUAACCAUGAUGACUGUGCUGAGGGGUGUGGCUGCUCAGAGGGCAGUUACUACGAUGACGUACGACAACGCUGUGUUCAGCCGUCUCAGUGUCAUUGUUACUCUAUUGGCGGAGUGUCCCAGCCAGGGGAGGUGUCCUUCAGCGCCGCCGGCCCUUGCCUUUGCAGGAAUGGAAGGAUGGAGUGUGUACCAGAAGAAAGAGAGCCGGAGCGAGGCCAGUGUCCGGAGGGAAAGGUGUUCCACAGCUGUUCUGAGCCCCAGGGGGUCCAGGGGGUGGUGGCUUGGCGAGGAGGUGUGGCCUGUGAGCUCACCUGUCGGAACCUGAUGUUGAACCUCACCUGUCCUCCCACCACACCCUGCAUACCUGGCUGUGUCUGCCCACCUGGGCUGGUUCUGCACCGUGGGGAGUGUUACUACCCAGAGAACUGUCCCUGUGCCUGGCUGGGCCUGGAGUAUCUGCCAGGAGAGACCGUCGACACCCCCUGUUACAGAUGUGUGUGUCACCGGGGGUAUUUUAACUGUAAUUACUCUCCGUGUCCGGCAGUAUGUACAGUCUACAGCGACAGACACUACCACACCUUCGACGGCCUGGAGUAUGACUAUCACUCGGACUGUCAGGUCUACUUACUCAAGAGUAUAGAUGGUGAGGUGUCCAUCGUAGCCCAGAAUAAGGAUUGUUAUCAGAGUGGGAUCGUCUGUAUGAAGAUGCUGGUCAUCCAUGUUGGAUUCACCAAGAUUUACUUCAACGACAACUCAGGCCAGCCUAGCCCCUCCAGUGUGGUAGGUAAGGGGUCAGAGUUUGAGCUGUGGUCAGCAGGCUACUACACAGCCAUCCACUUCCCCAAACAGGACCUGACCGUUCUCUGGGACCGCAAGACAACCGUGCACAUCAGAGCUGGACCACAGUGGAAGGGUCUCCUGAGUGGUCUGUGUGGGAACUUUGACAGUGUGACGGUGAAUGACAUGACCACGUCCAGUCACAUGGAGGUCAGCAAUGCUCAGGGCUUUGGAGACAGCUGGGCUCUGGGACAGUGUGAGAGUGACUAUGUGGUGAAGAGAGCGUGUGAAGGAGACCUGGGUAGACAGCCGUACGCCAAGAGAGAGUGUGCACUACUCUACAGUGACAUCUUUAUCCCCUGUCACAACGUGGUGGAUGUAUCAUGGUUCUAUAGGAACUGCUUGACAGACACGUGUAACUGUAACCGAGGCGGAGACUGUGAGUGUCUGUGUACGUCCAUUGCUGCCUAUGCACACACCUGCUGUCAAAACGGUGUCACUGUGGUCUGGAGAAACCCCUCUGUCUGCCCCUAUGAUUGUGAAUACUACAACCAAGAGUUAGGUGAAGGACCGUUUUCGGUGGUCAGUGCUGUUUAUAACGCUACAGUCUUCGGUGUGAACAGAACCAGUGGGUCAGUGUUUCCUCUAGUUAGGGAGUUCGUAGGCGGGCUGCCUCCCCCUGGGCUACUCUUCAACUUCAUGAUCACAGCAGGACUACAGAAGGACCGCACAUCACGUCUCCCGGUGGUCUCUCUGGAGUCAGCAGAGCGUCCUAACUACUUCCUGGUUGUGUCUGAGCGUACUGGGCUGCGGUUGGAGCAGUGGACCCGAGGGGAGGAGUUUGGCCACAGGGCUUCCUUCCUGCAGCACCAGGGGGUGUUCCUGCCUGGCCACACCUCUUUUGAGCUGAUUGGCCAGCCAGGAGUGUUCCUGACUCUGACACGCACAUCUGCACGAGCUCAGAAAUAUGACAACUCUGACAACUUCAAGACCAGCAGCUCCUUUACCCUGGAAGAGAGCAGUUUUGUGAUCCCGUACCGCAUGAUGUGUGAGUGGCGCUACCAUGCAUGUGCCAGUCCGUGUGUCCGUACAUGCAGCGACCCCGCUGCCACACGCUGCCACUUCCUGCCCCCGGUGGAGGGCUGUUUCCCUCGCUGCCCCAAAAACAUGGUUCUUGAUGAGGUCACCAGGAGAUGUGUCUACACAGAGGACUGUGUGUCCCUACCUCCCACUCCUACACCCUACGCCUUCGUAAACCGAACGACCACCAUCCCAACUACUACUACUGUUAGGUCUACUAGUACUAUUACUACAUCUAGGACCACUACUAGUAGUACCAGAACUACAACCAGUGCUGCCUCUACAACUGUUACUGCCACCAGAGCCCCCACUACGCCCAGUACACCCCACCUAACUGAGAGUUUCACUCCCACCCUCACCCCUCCUCACUCCCCCUCUCGUCUUCCCCCUUCUCUGCCCGCACCCUCCACCCCCACUCCUUCCAGCUCCCCCUCAGCUCCCCCUAUCUCCUCCCCCACUUCCUUUUCCCUUGCUCCCCCUCUCUCCUCCUCCACCGCCACCACCACAGAAACACACCGUCCUGUUGCUACGCCCAUGGAGACUACCUCUAUAUUCCCAGUCAUUUAUGACACCUCCGUUACCAUGUUGACAUCACCCCCCGAGACGACGGAGUCCAUAACAACGGAAACAGCCACUAGCCCAGACUCCUCUCAUACACCUGAGGCAGUCAGCAUGCCGACAGUGCUGUCCCCCUUCCUCCUGCCCACCACCCCCUGCACACCCCCAUAUUCCUACCGUGUUGAUGAAUGUGCAGAGCUGAUCUGUUUUAAUGGGGAGCUGCUCCUACAUAACUCCUCCCUCCACUGUCGGUACAACACCACUCCUCCUCGCUGCUCUCUGCUGGGCAUGGCUGUCCUCACCAACACCGACCCCUGCUGCCCGCUCUGGCAGUGCCCCUGUCGCUGCUCUGUGAUGUCAGACCUGCGUGUGAUAACGUUUGACGGUAACAACGUGGCGCUGUAUGAUAACGGCUCCUACAUCCUGGUCUACCUGCCCACAGAGAACAUCAUAGGAACAGUGAACAAAUGCCCUACCAGCCAGAGCGUCAACUCCAUCAGACGACCUAGCCCUAGUGGUGGAACGUCAGGUCUGUGCUUCAAGAACUUGAACAUCACCACUCCCUCCUACAGGAUCAUCAUCAACCGUCUUGACCGCAAGGUGUCAGUGAACCACAUCAAGGCGCGGCUGCCUUUCUCCCGCCAGGCUCUGUCAGUAGAGGACACAGGCAGUAUGUACCUGAUCACCACUCCUGGAGGAGUCAACAUACAGUGGUACCACAGCACUGGCAUCAUGGUGCUGCAAUACACCGCCCCCUCCAACACAUCUGCUCCUACUAGAGGCCUCUGUGGGUGUUGUGACGGGAACCCGGCUGAUGACCUGAAGCUGCCUAACGGUACGGUGGUGAGGGAGGUGGCAGACCUGGGUCUGUUCCUGCAGGCCUGGAGGGUCCACACCUCAGAGGACACGGAACACACACGACGCAUCGGAGACAACUGUACCACUGGAGACUGCUCCACCUGUCUCUCCAUGCUCAGACAGAGACCUUUCACUCCCUGCCACAGCAAGGUGUCUCCAGAGCAGUUCUGUGAUGUGAUGUGGGCAGGGGACCUCCACUAUAAGGCCCACCAGUGUGACUUCCUGGCAGCCUACGUAGCUGUCUGCUACACUUACCAAGUCUGCAUCAACUGGAGACGACACAACUUCUGCCCGUUGAGGUGUCCUUCAGGUAGGGAGUACCAGGCGUGUGUGUCGACCUGUACCACCCGGACUUGUCAGAACAGAGAGUUCUAUGAGGAGACCACCUGCUCCCACAUCAGAGAGGAGUGUGUGUGUCGCUCUGGAACCAUCCUGCACCGUGCAGACUCCACUUACUGCGUCACAGAGGAGCAGUGUGUGUGUACGGAUAACGAGGGGUCUCCGCGGGCCCCUGGGGAGGUGUGGAACGGGUCAUUGCGUGGCUGCUGUUUGUUCCGCUGCCUGGAGAACGGUUCUGUGGUGGCAGUAGAACCUGACUGCAGCUUUAGUCCCACUCCACUAUGUGAGAGGGAGGGAGAGUACGUACUGGAUGUCCUGGAAGAGGGGGCCUGCUGUCCCAAGAAGAUCUGUGAGUGUAAUCUGACCAUCUGUGAGAGUGAGGCUCCGCCCUGUGAAAAUGGGAACCGGCUGGUGAUUGGUUACAGUGCCUUGUCCUGCUGCCCAGAGUACCGUUGUGAGUGCGACCCCCAUGCCUGUCCACCCGUCACCGCCCCUGACUGCAGAGAAGAUCAGUUCCUCGUGGAGGUCCGUGAGGACAACUCCUGCUGUUACUCCUUCCUGUGUGUGUGUGAGUCAUGUAUCGAGCCCGUCCCGGCCUGUUCCGAUGGCGAGAUAUUAGCUGUGAAUCUAAACACCACUAACAGCUGCUGCCCUCAAUACCACUGUGUGUGUGAUGUGAACCUGUGUCCUGAGUCGUCUCUGACCUGCUCUCCUGGCCUGUCAUUGGUCCAAACCACCCACCCUGGACAAUGCUGCCCCGACCACCUUUGUGAAUGCCAGUGUGAGGACAGCUCUCUCCCAGUCUGUCAGGUGGGGGAGGUACAGGUGGAGGUUCCAGACAGCAGAAGCAUCUGUGGCUGCCCCCGCUACACCUGCAAGAAGGCAGAGGUGUGUGUGUUCCAGGGAGUCACGGUGCUGGGGCCAGGGCAGAGCCUGAUUCAGUACUAUGAAGGAGAGCUGUGUUACACCGUACACUGUCUGACACACCGUGACACACACACCGGAUACUACGCCAUGGACGUGUCCGCUGUCAACUGCUCUCAGAAGUGUGGCCCACACCAGCUUUACGCAGCAUCGUCAGAUCCUCAGGUGUGCUGUGGCUCCUGUAAGAACGUCUCCUGUUCCUUCAACAUCCACAACAGAACCACUGAGGUCUUCACUGCGGGGAGCUCCUGGGUAGAUAACUGUACACGGUACGACUGUGUGGAGACGGCAGGGGGAACCGUGGUGCUGGCCUCGGGGGUGGUCUGCCCCCCCUUCAACGACACAGAGUGCACUCAGAAUGGGGGUGUGGUCCAGAGCUAUGUGGACGGCUGUUGCAGAACGUGUAAGGAGGACGGUAAGAUGUGUAAGCGUGUAGCAAUCCGAACCACCAUCAGGAAAGACGACUGCAGGAGCAACGCACCGUUGACAGUGUAUUCGUGUGAUGGGAAGUGUCCGUCUGCCACCAUCUUUAACUUCAACAUCAACAGCCAUGCCCGCUUCUGUAAGUGCUGCAGAGAGAGUGGACUACAAUCCCGCUCCGUCACCCUCUACUGCUCACGCAAUGCUACCCUGGUGGACUACAGCUUCCAGGAACCUCUAGACUGCUCCUGCCUAUGGAACUAAAGAGAUCUACUGUAAUCAAGGGGUAGGCAACUAGAUUCAGGAGGAUGGUCGGGGGCAUGGAAAAUAAUUAUAAUAAUUUGUACACUGUACACAGGUACCUACACACUGAAGAAGGCUGUAAAGAUGAAACAUCUGUGUACGCUAUCCCUGAUGCAGUAGAAAAAUGUAACAUAUUGAAUAAUGAAGUAAGCUUUAUGCAACAUAUUUUGUGAACCCAUUACACCUCUGUUUGUCUGAAUUCACAGGUUUUAUGCACCAGCCAAGCUUCUGGGAGAGCGUGAUAGUUCUCUUUUGAUUAGUUACACUGCAAAUUGACCACAACUAAGCCAAAAAAUAAAUGCUAUUUGAAAAUAACAAUAAUUUCAUACAUUGAGACACGUCUUUUUAUUUGUGGGAAUACUUGGAAACAUUUACAAAACUAAACUCAUUUUUAGCUGAAUUCCUGGUGAUUUUACAGUCUUUUUUAACGUAAAACUGAAGUCUAUCUACCCUGAUCUAGUCAAUGUGAGUUCCAGUAUGGCAAACGGUAGGUUGGACGGAGGAUGGAAGGUUAGAGGUCAGACAGGUCAAGUGUCCAGGUAGGCGAGUUCUUUAGUCUUCCUUCAGUCUGUUGUUGAAGAGUGUAUGCUGGCCUGUUGUAGUGACCCUGUCAUUACAGAUGUGUAAUGCUGUAACCAGUUCCUCCUGUACUAUGAUAACACUAGUCCUAUCUGUACUGCUGUAGCCUGCUCCUCCUCGUGUGUAACACUAGCUAGUCCUCUCUGGCUUUAUAAUGUUCAGAUCAGUUGGUCCCAGCUGACAGGACUACUGCUGAUUUAGUAUGUCAGUGAUCUAGUUCUCUCCUGAUGACUGACAUGUUUAAUAUGCCGCUAAUAUUUGUCUUAGAAUAAAAAAACAUUCAUUACAAAUGUAAAGCUUUUAUACAAAAGUAUUUGGAUUUAAAUCAAUUAAUUACUAAUCCACCUACGCAUCUGGAAGUAGAUGAUCUGUAAUUCUACAGAAGGCUGUAUCUGCUCUGUUGUUUAUUGUGAAGCAUUGUGCCAGUAAUCAUACAGUAUGUGCUGUGUUGUUUAUUAUGAAGCAUUGUGCCAGUAAUCAUACAGUAUGUGCUGCUGCCAUCACACAGAUGUUAUGACUCAGAAUAGAACAAUAAAAUACU